AUGCUGUCCUCGCAAGCUGUGCUGUCCUCGCAAGCUGUGCUGUCCUCGCAAGCCGUGCUGUCCUCGCAAGCUGUGCUGUCCUCGCAAGCUGUGCUGUCCUCGCAAGCUGUGCUGUCCUCGUUAGCUGUGCUGUCCUCGCAAGCUGUGCUGUCCUCGCAAGCUGCGCUGUCCUCGCAAGCUGUACUGUCCUCGCAAGCUGUGCUGUCAUCGCAAGCCUUGCUGUCUUCCCAAGCCGUGCUGUCCUCGCCAGCCGUGCUGUCUUUGCAAGCUUUGCUGUCCUCCCAUGUUGUGCUUUCCUCUCAAGUAGUGCUGUCCUCUCAAGUUGGGCUGUCCUCUCAAGUUGAGCUGUCCUCUCAAGUUGAGCUGCCCUCUCAAGUUGAGCUGUCCUCUCAAGUUGUGCUGUCCUCUCAGGUUGUGCUGUCCUCUCAAGUUGAGCUGUCCUCUCAAGUUGAGCUGUCCUCUCAAGUUGAGCUGUCCUCUCAAGUUGAGCUGUCCUCUCAAGUUGAGCUGUCCUCGCAAGCUGUGAUGUCCUUGCAAGCUGUGCCGUCCUCGCAAGCUGUGCCGUCCUCGCAAGCUGGGCCAUCCUCGCAAGCUGUGCUGUCCUCGCAAGCUGUCCUGUCCUCGCAAGUUAUGCUGUCCUCGCAAGCUGUUCUGUCCUCGCAAGCUGUGCUGUCCUCGCAUGCCGUGCUGUCCUCGCAAGCUGUGCUGUCCUCGCAACCUGUGCUGUCCACGCAAGCUGUGCUGUCCCCGCAACCUGUGUUGUCCUCGCAAGCUGUGCUGUCCUCGCAAGCUGUGCUGUCCUCGCAAGCUGCUGUGCUGUCCUCGCAAGCUGUGCUGUCCUCGCAAGCUGUGCUGUCCUCGCAAGCUGUGCUGUCCUCGCAAGCUGUGCUGUCCUCGCAAGCUGUGCUGUCCUCGCAAGCUGUGCUGCCCUCGCAAGCUGUGCUGUCCUCGCAAGCUGUGCUGUCCUCACAAGCUGUGCUGUCCUCGCAAGCUGUGCUGUCCUCGCAAGCUGUGCUGUCCUCGCAAGCUGUGCUGUCCUUGCAAGCUGUGCUGUCCUCACAAGAUUUGCUGUCCUCACAAGCUUUGCUGUCCUCGCAAGCCUUGCUGUCCUUGCAAGUUGUGCUGCCUUCGCAAGUUGAGAUUUCCUCUCAAGUUGAGCUGUACACUCAAGUUGAGCUGCCCUCUCAAGUUGAGCUGCCCUCUCAAGUUGAGCUGCCCUCUCAGGUUGAGCUGCCCUCUCAAGUUGAGCUGCCCUCUCAAGUAGAGCUGCCCUCUCAAGUUGAGCUGUCCUCUCAAGUUGAUCUGUCCUCUCAAGUUGAGCUGUCCUCUCAAGAUGAGCUGCCCUCUCUAGUUGAGCUGUCCUCUCAAGUUGAGCUGUCCUCUCAAAUCGAGGUGUCCUCUCAGGUUGAGAUUUCCUCUCAAGUUGAGCUGUACACUCAAGUUGAGCUGCCCUCUGAAGUUGAGCUGCCCUCUGAAGUUGAGCUGCCCUCUGAAGUUGAGCUGCCCUCUCAAAUUGAGCUGCCCUCUGAAGUUGAGCUGCCCUCUCAAGUUGAGCUGCCCUCUCAAGUUGAGCUGCCCUCUCAAGUUGAGCUGUCCUCUCAAGUUGAGCUGUCCUCUCAAGUUGAGCUGUCCUCUCAAGUUGAGCUGUCCUCUAAAGUUAAGCUGUCCUCUCUAGCUGAGCUGUCCUCUCCAGUUGAGCUGUCCUCUCUAGUUGAGCUGUUCUCUCACGUUGAGCUGUUCUCACAAGUUGAGCUGUCCUCUCAAGUUGAGCUGUCCUCGCAAGCAGUGCUGUCCUCACAAGCUGUGCUUUCCUUGCAAGCUGUGCUGUCCUCGCAAGCUGUGCUGUCCUCGCAAGCUGUGCUGACCUCGCAAGCUGAGCUGUCCUCGCAAGCUGUGCUCUCCUCGCAAGCUGUGCUGUCCUCGCAAGCUGUGCUGUCCUCGCAAGGUGUGCUGUCCUCGCAAGCUGUGCUGACCUCGCAAGCUGUAUUGUCCUCGCAAGCUGUGCUGUCCUCGCAAGCUGUGCUGUCCUCGCAAGCUGUGCUGUCCUCGCAAGCUGUGCUGUCCUCGCAAGCUGUGCUGUCCUCGCAAGCUGUGCUGUCCUCGCAAGCUGUGCUGUCCUCGCAAGCUGUGCUGUCCUCGCAAAUUGUGCUGUCCUCGCAAGCUGUGUUGUCCUCACAAGCUUUGCUGUCCUCACAAGCUUUGCUGUCCUCGCAAGCUUUGCUGUCCUCGCAAGUUGUGCCGCCUUCGCAAGUUGUGCUGUCCUCUCAAGUUGAGCUGUCCUCUCAAGUUGAGCUGUCCUCUACAGUUGAGCUGUCCUCUACAGAUGGACUGUCCUCUCAAGUUGAGCUGUCCUCUCAGGUUGAGAUGUCCUCACAGGUUGAGAUUUCCUCUCAAGUUGAGCUGUACACUCAAGUUGAGCUGCCCUCUCAAGUUGAGCUGCCCUCUCAAGUUGAGCUGCCCUCUCAAGUUGAGCUGCCCUCUCAUGUUGAGCUGCCCUCUCAAGUUGAUCUGUCCUCUCAAGUUGAUCUGUCCUCUCAAGUUGAGCUGUCCUCUCAAGAUGAGCUGCCCUCUCUAGUUGAGCUGUCCUCUCAAGUUGAGCUGUCCUUUGAGCUGUCCUCUGAUGUUGAGCUUUCCCCUCUAGAUGAGCUGUCCUCUCUAGAUGAGCUGUCCUCUCAAGUUGAGCUGCCCUCUCAAGUUGAGCUGUCCUCUCAAGUUAAGCUGUCCUCUCAAGUUGAGCUGUCCUCUCAAGUUGAGCUGUCCUCUCAAGUUGAGCUGUCCUCUCAAGUUGAGCUGUCCUCUCAAGUUGAGCUGUCCUCUCAAGUUGAGCUGUCCUCUCAAGUUGAGCUGUCCUCGAAAGCCGUGCUGUCCUCGCAAGUUGUGCUGUCAUCGCAAGCUGUGCUGUCCUCGAAAGCUGUGCUGUCCUCCCAAGCUGUGCUGUCCUCGCAUGCUGUUCUCUCCUCGCAAGCUGUGCAGUCCUCGCAAGCCGUGCUGUCCUUGCAAGCCGUGCUGUCCUCGCAAGUUGAGCUGUCCUCUCAGGUUGAGGUGUCCUCUCAGGUUGAGAUUUCCUCUCAAGUAGAGCUGUACACUCAAGUUGAGCUGCCCUCUCAAGUUGAGCUACCCUCUCAAGUUGAGCUGCCCUCUCAAGUUGAGCUGUCCUCUCAAGUUGAGCUGUCCUCUCAACAUAAGCUGUCCUCUCAAGUUGAGCUGUCCUCUCAAGUUGAGCUGUCCUCGCAAGCUGUGAUGUCCUUGCAAGUUGUGCCGUUUUCGCAAGCUGUGCCGUCCUCGCAAGCAGAGCCGUCCUCGCAAGCUGUGCUGUCCUCGCAAGCUGUCCUGUCUUCGCAAGCUAUGCUGUCCUCGCAAGCUGUGCUGUCCUCACAAGCUGUGCUGUCCUCGCAAGCCGUGCUGUCCUCGCUAGCUGUGCUGUCCUCGCAACCUGUGCUUUCCUCGCAAGCUGUGCUGUCCCCGCAACCUGUGCUGUCCUCGCAAGCUGUGCUGUCCUCCCAAGCUGUGCUGUCCUCGCAAGCUGUGCUCUCCUCGCAAGCUGCGCUGUCCUCGCAAGCCGUGCUGUCCUUGCAAGCCGUGCUGUCAUCGCAACGUGUGCUGUCCUCACAAGCCGUGCUGUCCUUGCAAGCUGUGCUGUCCUCGGAAGCCGUGCUGUCCACGCAAGCCUUGCUGUCCUCGCAAGCCGUGCUGUCCUCACAAGCUUUGCUGUCCUCACAAGCUUUGCUGUCCUCGCAAGCUUUCCUGUCCUCGUAA